CUCUCAUCUCGCACGCCUCAAGAGGCAGCGCGCGUUCUAGAUAGUAUAUAUUUCAGUGGCAAAAACUCCCUAAUGACUCUUAUCAAUGAAGUAUUACUUGAUAUAUCUACAGAUAGAAAUUGAUUUUUAAAUUAUUAUUGAAUAAAGUAUAUAGUGGGAAAUUGAUGUUGACAAUUCUGAUAUUUAUUUUAUCGAUUAGGUUAAUCGAAGAUUGAUAAAAGAUUUUAACAAUGCUCGUAACGCAUCAUAAUUUUCGAAUAUUAUUGGUUGAUCUGAUACUAUAAUUAAUUUAACUGGCACAUAAUUAAGUGAAUUUGCAACAUGGGCUCAACGACAGAAACUGCAAACAACGAUAUGCAUUAUGACACAACUAGUUUUUAUAUUGGUCUGGGAUUGGCAAUUAGUUCCAGUGGCUUUAUAGGUGCCAGUUUUAUCAUCAAGAAGAAAGCUCUGAUUCACCUUCAGAGAUAUGGAGUACGUGCAUCAUCCGGUGGUUUUGGCUAUUUAAAAGAUUGGAUGUGGUGGGCUGGUCUGCUGUGUAUGGGCAUAGGAGAGGCAGUGAACUUUAUCGCGUAUGCAUUUGCACCAGCAUCCCUUGUAACACCAUUGGGUGCAUUGAGUGUUUUAGUAUCGACAGUAUUAACAUCUAAAUAUCUUAAUGAAAGAUUGAACCUACUAGGAAAGAUAGGUUGUCUACUAUGUAUCUUAGGUUCUACCAUAAUAGUAUUGCAUUCCCCCAAAGAGGAAGAAGUCAGCAACUUCAGUGAAUUGGUGGUCAAAACAAAGGAACCAGCAUACAUAUUGUAUGUCUUCAUUGUGAUAAUAUCCACUCUGUUAAUUAUAUUUUAUUUUGGGCCUGCAUAUGGUAAACAAAAUAUUUUGGUAUACAUUUGCGUAUGCUCAUCAGUUGGCUCACUGACCGUUAUGAGCUGUAAAGGUUUGGGUUUAGCAUUCAAGGAGACCAUACUUGGUAAAGAGAACGCAUUUGCCAACUGGCUGACAUGGAUUUUCUUAUUUAGUGUUAUUCUUUGUAUUAUGGUGCAAAUGAAUUAUCUAAACAAAUCACUCGACCUGUUCGACACGUCGAUUGUGACGCCAAUCUAUUACGUCUUCUUCACGACUCUUGUGAUAAUAGCCUCCGCGAUUUUAUUUCGGGAGUGGGAGAAAAUGGGUGCGGAAGAUAUUCUCGGUGCUUCUUGCGGAUUUAUCAUAGUCAUAGUUGCGAUAUUCUUGUUGAACGCCUUCAAAGAAACGGACGUGCAUUAUGGCGACAUUAAGGCUAUGUUCCGGCCCAAAAGAGAAAUAUUGUUAAAUUACAAUUCAAGAUGGAACUCUAGAAACGAAGAAACGAUGACGACUAAAAUGGAGUCUCAAAACUUGCUCAGUAAUACGUACAGCAAUUCAAAUUUCACUAGAACCAUCUAAGAGUGACCUUCAUAGAGAGAAAUAUGUGCCUAAUGUGAAAUAUUCCCAAAUUUUGUGUAAUAUCUUAAAAUUAAGAUUGUAUAGUAUAAUUUAUUUCUCCCAUUAUCUUUAUAACUUUAUUACAUAUGCCUCGUAUACUUAGUUGCAAAAUAGUUUAUUUUCUUACAGCAAUACAAUAGUUUACUUACACAGUGAUGAUUGAGAUCUUACCAACCUGUCAAAAUUGAGUCAUUAUCAACGGGCUUGCGCAAUAUAAUUUAUUAUAUCAAAUAUAUAUAUAUAUAAUAUAAUUUAUUUUAAAGCG